UGUUAUGUUGUUAUCCUCCUAUGAUAUCCACGUACAGAAUCAAACAGAAAAUGCCUCCGAACUGUUUAAAGUUAACCAGCGGAUAUGAAAUUCCAAUAGUGGGCAUGGGCACUUCAAAAGUGCCUAACGAGGAGGAUUUAGAAUGCGCCAUUAACGCAGCCCUGGAAAUCGGUUACAGACACAUAGACACGGCCAGCAUUUACAAUAACGAACACAUAAUUGGACGGGUUUUAAAAAAUUGGCUGGAUUCAGGCCGAUUAAAGCGCGAGGAUCUGUUCAUAACGACCAAGCUGAACUUCACCCGUACUGCACCCGAGUUCGUCGAGACGAGCGUGUUGGAAUCGUUGGAGAAGCUGCAGCUGGACUACGUCGACCUGUAUCUGAUUCAUUUUCCCGUGUGCGCCGUUUCGAAGAAACCGGACGAACCGAAGUGGUACACGAGGAAGACUGACCAUUUGGCAAUUUGGAAGGAGUUGGAGAAACAAGUAGAUGCCGGACGGAUCAGGUCGCUUGGAGUGUCCAAUUUUAACGAGACACAGUUGGAAAGGUUACUUAAAUCGAAUUGCAAGCACAAACUGACCAACAAUCAAGUUGAGUUGCAUGUUUAUCUUCAACAGAGGCAAUUAGUGGAAUAUUGUCAGAAGAAUGGAGUGACCGUCACUGCAUUUGGUCCUCUGGGGUCACCUGGCUAUAACGAUCAUUUGAAAAGGAUAGGCAAACAGCAAAAACCUCUUCCUAACAUCUUAAACGACCAAACUGUAAGGGAUAUAUCCGAAAAACACAGUAAAGCACCAUCUCAAGUGUUAUUAAGAUUUUUAAUUCAAAAUAAUAUUAUUGUAAUACCCAAAAGUGUGACACCUUCAAGAUUAAAGGAAAACUUCGAUUUAUUUAGUUUUAAUCUUGAUGAACGGGAUAUGGAACAAUUAAGAUCUUUAGAUAUUGGUGAAGACGCGAGGGUUUUUUGUUUUAGUGAAUUUAAUGGACUCGAGGAAAAUGAAGAAUGGCCCUUUAUUAAACAGUAACAAUGUAUAGGUUGAAAAAAUAUCAAUAAAUAACUUUAUCAAUUUA